UAACCAGAUGCACCUGUGACAAACACCUGGAGGUUCUUGGAUUUUGUAGAACCUGAGUUAUUCCCCUCGUGUUGUGCUAGCAGUUUGUGCCGAAGACAGAAGACACCCUUACUAAUGGAAACCUGCAGUGGUAAAGUUCGGUCGCACAGCGUCUUCACGGUGUCGUACCCGAGCCUGAAUGGAAAACCUGCAACUGCCAGGCGCAAAUCCGAAUUUGGAGGACUGAAGAACAUGGACCAGAACUGGGGCAUCGCCGUGGCCGCUGCCAUAGCUUCGUUCUUCAACCUAGCCACCCAGAUAAACUCUGGCUUCUUCUUCGUCGCCAUUAUGGACGCGUUCGCCGUAGACCACUCAAACGCCUCAUGGCCAGAGAGCGUUUUCACCAUCAUGGCGUAUUCUGGCAGUCUGAUCGUCGUUCUGCUUCAGAAGCACUUGACGGUGUCCCAGAUAACCCUGCUGGGUAGCUUGAUGCUGUGGAUGCCGCUGAUAGGGGCCGCCUUCGCUCCUAACAUCACGGUGAUGACCCUAGUCCUGGGUGCUCUCCAUGGCAUGGGCGCAGGUAUCGUGCUCGUGAGUUUGAUGGUCAUCCUGGGCCAGCACUUCGACAAAUAUUUGGCCGUUGCCAGUGGGCUCCGCGACGCUGGCACCACUCUGUGCGCCUUUGUGUUUCCCUCUCUGCUGUCCUUCCUGAACAGCCGCUACUGCCUACGUGGCACGCUGCUCGUCUACAGUGCGCUCGCCAUGAACGUCACUGUCGUGGCGCUUUUCUUGUGGUUCCGAGUUCGGGACGGUGAACGAGAAGACUGCUCUGAAGGCCCCAGGGCCGUCCUGAGAACUACAAAAAACGACGGAGUUUUUAUGCUUUCGAACUCACAAAGGACGCCCAAGGCGUUGCCAAAAGCUUCGCGCGGUGGCAAUGAUUGCGAGCAGUCGUUUGCCUCGUUUUUAUGCAGGCUUGCCAUACUGAAAGCUCCUAGCUUCUAUGUCGUCGUUCUGGGUGCCACAGUGGAGAUUUACGGGUACACCGUGUUCCUCGAAACCAUAGACGCUUACGCGCUGGACAAGGGAGCUUCUCGACCACAGGCCGACAUGGCGAUCACGCACGCGACCAUUGCCGAAAUUGUGGGCUACGUCGGCGUGCCCUUGAUCGCCGACAUGAAUUUCGUGAGCCGACAGACGCUGAUGACCACCUGCUUCGCCCUGCUCACGCUCUGCUAUGCGCUCGUGCCGUACACGUCGUGGCCGAUGACGUACGUCGUUGACACCGCCCUCCUCAUAACUUUCGUCGCCGCUGUGAGCUCGCUGCGGUGUUCACUCAUGACGCAGUACUUCGGCGCCGUCCAAGUGCCGCUGUGCAUGACGGCGGUGGGGCUGCUGCUCAUUCCUCUACAAUUGAGUAGUCCCACGAUCAUAGGAUUAUUCCGCGACAGCCUCGGCUCAUAUGAUGGCAUUUACCGUGCUCUGGCAGUGUUGCAUUUCGUCGUGGUCAUGCUUUAUGCUCCUCUUGCCGUGCACGAACGGAGAAAGAAGAUAGGCUCGUUUGAAGCCCAGCCCGAGCCCUGCACGCAAGUGACGAAGCUUUAAACGCAGACGUAGGUCAGAAAUAGGCCGUCCAUGUGGAGAAACUUAUGUUGAAGAACCAUGUAGCCACGUAGGUAACUACGCCGCAGCCAGCUCGAAAACACGCCUCUUAGAAUGUGCUGUGUCCGACUGAUACACGUGUAGCCUGCCGGCCGCUUUUAUCAUAUACGUGAAAUGUAUUAGAACUGCACCACCAAAAGAAGCGUAGGGACAUAUUGCUGUGCGGGACCUGGACUUGACGAUAUUUGCCCACUGCCAGAAAAUGGGAACGUUCUGCAGUUCCUAUGCAAAAGAACAGAAAAUUCAGACACGCGUUCAGCAGCUUUUUUGUUGCUAAGGUGGACUGUACCAGCGCUGAACAUCGAGGCGCGCUGUGUCCGCUCGUCUAACCACCUUACCCUCCUUACUGCGGCACCCUGCCCGAAAGCUGUCGCUGCCAAGACCUCUGCGCUCCAGCACACCCUACAUAAAGUCUAAGCCACUGGAAACCGCUCGACACAUGUACUGUUGACUAUUGCUCUGUAUCAUAGCCCAUGGCGACAUUUUCUUCUCAUCUUGGUGUCGACCAACGUCGAUGCGCAGUCCAGAUCGGUUGUGUGGCUCAGUCGAAUAUCUACGUCUAUGUGUUUGGGUGUUGAGUGUCUGCCUUUCCCAUUUACUCGGUUGAAGCUGCUUCAGCAGCAGGAUAAUUGUGUUUGUCAUCUGUCACAUUAGCCACCCUCAAAACGAAACAUCACCGAACACAAGUGAAUUUUAUUUUUAUUUAUUUUUUAAUUUCUAGACUGCGGUAUCUUAUAUCACACACCAAGGACAUUCUAAAGCACUCAUGUGCCAUUAAAUGUGUAUGCCGCUCGGUUCAUAAAAAAGAUGUCCAACCUAAAGUUUCACAAUAAAGGGAUACUAAUCGA